AUGGCGCAGCACGGAGCACUGGGCAAGACGUUGGCACUCCCUGGGCCUGGGGGAGCCAACCAGCAGCAGGGUUCCGCCAUCGACCAGCGAAUGUGCUUAUGCUGCAUCCCCACUUUCGUCAGCGAGGAGCGAAUCAAGGAGCUGCUCAUUACUUUUGGGCAGCUGAAGUUCUAUGCGCUUCAGAAGGACGAGGAGGGCAAAUCCGUUGGUGUCGCCUUCUUCGAGUACCAGGAUAUGAUGACUCAGCAGCAGGCUCGCGUGGCCCUCGAAGGCCUCGAGCUGGGCAAUAACAAGCUCAAAGUGCUGAAGCCGGAUCAAGUCCUCGAGCUUGGCCUGGUGAACAGAGAACAGAAGCUAGGUGCCCGUGUGGUGCCGACAAAGGUUCUGUACCUGAAGAACAUCGUAACUGCCGAAGACCUCGCGGACGAGCAGGGGUACACUGAAAUCUGUGCAGACAUCCGUCUCGAAGCUGAGAAGUUUGGCGCGGUUGUCUCCAUCGAGGUGCCCCGUGGGGGCGGCUCCGGCGGUGGCGGCCCUGGGGCAUUGAACAACGCGCUGCCGGCUCCUGCAGGACCCCUGGCGCUGACCAACGCGGCCGCAGAGGAGCCCAAGUCCACGGCACCCGCGGCGCUUCCGGCGCCCACGCUGCCGGACCUGUCGAUGGCCCUGGUGCCCAUUGGCGGCCAGCUUGCCAAGCCUGGGGGUGCGGGCGGCGGCGGCGGCGGCGGUGGUGCCUCUGGCCCAGUGGAUCCGACUACGCCGGGCUUUGGCUAUGCUUUCAUCGAGUUUGCCAACAUCGAGGGCGCCUCAAAGGCGAAGAAGGCCCUGCACGGCCGCAGAUUUGGGGCCAACAACGUGGAGGCCGAGUUCUUCUCAGAAGACAAGUACUACGCCAAGGACUUCCUGAGGCCGACUCCGAACAUCGACGAGCCGAAACGGGAAAUCGGCAUGGAGCUGGCGCUCGUCGGGGGUGGUGGCGAUGCGCUGGACGAAGCGCCUGUCAUGGUCGAAUAG